AUGAAGACUCUCUUGUGUCUUUUCGCUUUGAUCGCCGUUUCGACGGCCCUUGUCCUUCCCCCCCUGAAGACCUCUGCCAUCGGAUGUCUCAUGUGCGAGAUUGUCGUGAAGGUUGCUGAGGACCCGGCUGACCGCGACGCGCAUGUUGUUGAGAACGUGAGUUUUCUCUAAAAUUCUUAGAAUGUAUACAUUUUUUGUCAUAUAACUUUUUUACGGUUGCCGGUCAAACUGAUGAAUUUGUAUCAUGUGGUAUUUUUCCUUUUUUAGUGAAACUUUAGUCACAUUUUGAGGUAAAAGGCCGCUAUACUCGGCUGUUUUAUGACAUUGAAUUUUUUUUCUCAAAAGCUGCAGGGAGCGAUUUCCGUAGGACUUUCAGCGUUUUAGUUCAGAUUUAGACCUUUUAACGUUCCUUAUUCCUUCGAAUGAUGUGUAAAAAAAAUUUUUCGAGUUAUUAUUCUCCAGAAAUUUGACGCUGAAUGCAAGGCCACCUUCAAGCACCUGCCAUUUGUCGACAAGGAAUGUGAAGCUUAUGGAAACUCCAAGAUCGACCCUAUCAUCAAGGUAAUCGUGUAAUAUACACACUUUCUAUAUAUUUUCAUUUCAGGAGCUCGAGGGAGGCACAGCUCCGCAGGACGUCUGCACCAAACUGAAGGAAUGCUAG